GUCUCAAACGGAAGGUGGCUGUCGUCCGAGCCGAAGCAGGUUUGAAACUGGGAGUUGGGCUCGGCCCUCGUUGUCUCUCGCUGCGGGCCCUCUUCCGGGCUAGGCCGUCCUUGCCCGCCCCCGCCCCGCCUCCCUUCGGACCCCUGGGUUCCAGGCCAGGCUCCUUCCCGAUUGGCGCCCCCGCCCUCAGCAGCCCGCUGCCGUCCCGGUCCGCACUGCGGCCCCGCCGCCGCCACCAUGUCCCUGCACGGCAAACGGAAGGAGAUCUACAAGUAUGAAGCGCCCUGGACCGUCUACGCCAUGAACUGGAGCGUGCGGCCCGACAAGCGCUUUCGCCUGGCGCUGGGCAGCUUCGUGGAGGAGUACAACAACAAGGAAAGUGGGAAGAAUAAGAGUACCUACCUCAUGGAGAUGUUGAGAGGAUUAAAUGAGGUCCAGCUUGUUGGUUUAGACGAAGAGAGUUCGGAGUUUAUUUGCCGGAACACCUUCGACCAUCCGUACCCCACCACAAAGCUCAUGUGGAUCCCUGACACAAAAGGCGUCUAUCCAGACCUGCUGGCGACGAGUGGCGACUAUCUCCGCGUGUGGAGGGUUGGUGAAACAGAGACCAGGCUGGAAUGUUUGCUAAACAAUAACAAGAACUCGGAUUUCUGUGCUCCUCUGACCUCCUUUGACUGGAAUGAGGUGGAUCCUUAUCUUUUAGGUACCUCCAGCAUUGACACGACAUGUACCAUAUGGGGGCUGGAGACCGGGCAGGUGUUGGGGCGAGUGAAUCUUGUGUCCGGCCAUGUGAAGACCCAGCUGAUUGCCCAUGACAAAGAGGUCUAUGAUAUUGCAUUUAGCCGGGCCGGAGGCGGCAGGGACAUGUUUGCCUCUGUGGGUGCUGAUGGCUCGGUGCGGAUGUUUGACCUCCGUCAUCUAGAGCACAGCACCAUCAUUUACGAAGACCCACAGCAUCACCCACUGCUUCGCCUCUGCUGGAACAAGCAGGACCCCAACUACCUGGCCACCAUGGCCAUGGACGGAAUGGAGGUAGUGAUUCUGGACGUUCGAGUUCCCUGCACGCCUGUCGCCAGGUUAAACAACCACCGAGCAUGUGUCAAUGGCAUUGCUUGGGCCCCACAUUCAUCCUGCCACAUCUGUACUGCAGCGGAUGACCAUCAGGCCCUCAUCUGGGACAUCCAGCAAAUGCCUCGGGCCAUCGAGGACCCUAUCCUGGCCUACACAGCCGAGGGAGAGAUCAACAACGUGCAGUGGGCGUCGACUCAGCCCGACUGGAUUGCCAUCUGCUACAACAACUGCCUGGAGAUACUCAGAGUGUAGUGUCGGUGGCGCCGUGCCCACGAGGCAGGGGCUUGUGUGUUUCCCGCCUCUGUCCCACCCCCAAAGUAAGAAGAAACAUGUUUCCGGUGGCCAGUACGUCUUUCAUUGCUUUGCACCCACUGUUCCCAGAAGCUGCUCUAGGAGUUCCCGGCCAGUCGCCCCACUGCUCUCUGGGCCGGACUCAGUGCCGUGUGGCGCCUCCUCAGCCCAAGGCUGAGUUUUAAGAUUUUCUCUCUUUUCCUCAUGUCCUUUGGUUCCUCAAUUAAAAAUUUCUGUAUAUUUGUUUGUCAGCCGUUGUGUUAAUGAGCACUGUGGGCACCGGCUCUGUUUGUAUUCAUCUGUCCCAGACGUCUCUGUCUGCUGCUGCCCGCAGCAAUCUGUGUCCGUGUCCAUGUGAGCACUUAGGUGGGAACAAACGCCAGUUCAAAGUUGUCUUUCCUCCUGUUAUCAAUGUCUUUAACAAACUUCAACUUUGUAUAUUUUUUAUCUAUCAGGCUAAUUUUUUUACGAAAAGAAUUUUACUCCCUGGUCUCUUCCUUUGUCUCAUAGCCCUCCCUGUUAGCACCUUCCUCUCUUCCCUCCCUGCCUGGGUCUGGCCCCAGGUCCUUGACCCCAUGAGCAGUUUGCCUUCUUGAAUCACUGCCUGAGCGGAACAUACCUGACCUGGAGUCCCAAACCGCCUCGGUGCUCUGAAGUCAGCCAGCUCUCACACCUUUGCUCAGCCUGGCUCUUCUCAAGGGCAUUCUGAGCUCCGAAACAGACAUGGGACUCCUUCUGUUAACUCCCGGAAGUACCCCUGUCCAGCCCCCCAGGACCUCUUGGGCACGUGUUAGCUCUGAGCUAGCCAGGCUGAUUGGGGCGCCUGACUGAGGGGAACAGUGGCAGGAAAGCUGAGCUUAGAGCAUGUUUCCAGUACCUAGUUUGAGAGUCUGUUUUUCCCUCCAGAUAUAAGCCCCCGGCCCGUCUCUUUCAUGUCUUGAAUGAUAGGCAAGAAUGAAGUAUAAGGUGAACUUCAGUAUCUCUGUUUGUUCAGUUUACUGUGAGUGGCAGUAUAUUGGCCACUCUUUGGAUAGAGUGCUCUGAGGUGAGAGAGCCCUGCUUGACAGGUGCACAGUCUGAGCAUCUAGCCUGAGCAGGAUCUCCUUUAGAGUGUGGGAGACUGUCAGCUCUUGCAAAGGGUGGACCAAUAGGCUGUGGUGAUCCCAGGCCAUCAGUUAUAUAGAGAGCAAGAAAAGCUUCAGAGACCCAGGGUCAGCCAGUUCAGAACUCCACGAACCCCUGUCAGCCACCCUGACCCCAGCUUAGGUUCUGAGCAGUACUGGAUUGUAGGCUGUGGGUGUCUGUGUCCGUUAUAUGAGCGAGUUCCGUGGAGGGGGCCUGUGUGUGAUUCCGGUGGUAGGUGAAUCCUUGGGCAGGCAGAGUUGGGGACGUGCUCAGAGUCGGCGCGGGGUGGCGGGGGGAGUUUGUCACGCUCUGCCAAGUGCCGGAAGGUUUCUGAGACCCUCUGAGUUGAGUGUCUGAGAGUAGGAGAGAAGCAGACCUUGAGGCCAAUGGUUUUGUCCAGUUCUCAUCUGCUUUUGAGAAACAAAGCAGUUAGCUUUGUCCUUCUGCACACUUAAACUCUCUUGGUUGAGUCCUACUUUUCAGAAGCAGAUGUAUUUGUAUCCCCAAAGUCAUAGCUCUUUGCUUUAAUACACGGGGGCUUGGCCCAAAGAAAAAGGCUCUUCUUUUUAGUCAGGGUAUUUCCCCUUCUCCCUUUAUACAUUGUUCUGAUUUUGAGGCUCUUUGGCUGGCCGUCUGCUUGAGGUCAUCUCUCCUGCACUUACCACCAGAUUUGCACUGCAUCAUUUGGAGAUGUAAAGCGAACAGUUCUUGGUCAGAACACUCCUCUGCUUGUUAUUGUGUUUGAUGGUUCCAGGGUCCUUCCCUCAAGGGUAGCAAGUGUAAAUUGAGUGUCACUUGCUCUAGGAGGCUGUCAGUUCCUUCCUGUGGAAAAGGGUCUGAAAUGAAGGUCUAGUGGUAGAGGGGGCUGGUCCUGCUGGGGCAGGGCUUAACUACACUGAGCUCUCGGUUAAGAUUCCUUUCCUGAUCUCCACUUUUGUGGUCUGAGUGCUGAGAAGAUUUAUCCACUCUAACUUGAAAAUAAUCUGGAGAAAAAAAAUUUGUUAAUAAGAAUAGGGAUAUAUUUGGAUAAAGUUGCUAUUUACUGUGGAAAACAACAACUUUGAAUGUUUUUUUUCCUUGCCCUGCAGACUCCCAGCCCUGUCACCCUCCUUAGGCCCUGCAGUGUGGUCUGGUCCUCUUCCUUUCAACAUCCCACUUGGGCCCAGGUGAGACUCCCCAGUCCCCCCAAGCAGACACAGACACACAGUAGCUGGCAUGCUGGGAUUUUGAAGUCCCGGCUCCCUCACUCUCCCUUUAUGCCAUGGGCCAGAUGGCCUCAUGGCUGAGGAGGGGAUUUCUGUAGUCUCAGGAUUUAGAAAGCCUCUUAGUCAGCCACGCCACAGGAAGCAGAGAUCUGUUGUAGUUUCAAAAGCAAGUGUUUGUUUAAUGUGUUUAGGUUCUCAGAUUGCCAGCCAGCGAGAAUAGGUUGGGAGGCUCUGUCUCUGCACUCCUUGAACAUGAGAAGAGCCACUGCCGGGACUGCACUGGAAAGGCUGCGGCAGCACCUCUGGGCUCUGGCUCUCUGGGCUGUGGCCCUUUGACCUGCUUCUGGCCCCCAGAGCCGCAGCCGCCUUUGUUUUCCUUGUCUGCUCUGAGGGGAGGGGGCUGCUGAAUAGAUGAGGCCUCAGGUUCCCCAUCAGAGAGCUGGUGAGUGGAUCCAGGUCCUUCAAGAGUUCGAGUUGUUUACACCCAGGAGAGUCAGAAGCCUCUCUUUCCAGGGAGGAGCCAGGCUGAAAGAUGAGGGCUUGAAGAGGGAGGAAACUUGAUAGCCAGGUGAGAAUUUCUUAUCAGAACCAGGAUCGGCUCUCAGAGAACUGGUUAAGAAACAGAAAACAUUAAGACUCCGAUGAGUUUUUGAUGGCAGGUGUGUCUGAAAUUUUAGGAGGAGAUUUAGGAUGUGGGGGAAAAGCAGUGGUAGCAAAGGAGAAAAUAUUAGAGGGCAGUAAAGGUCUGAGCUGGGGAAGCAUUCAGACCGUCAUGUGGCUGUGGAGUGAGACUGUGCUCUCGGCCUGUGUCAGCCUUCCUGGACUGUUCAUCAGGUGCCUGUGAUGUGGGGUAACUGGGGACAGGGGGACAGGGGGACCCCUUCCUGCUGCAGUUCAGCCCUAGUGUCGUUUGGUGGUAGAAACUUGCAGGAGUGGGAGUCCCUCGAUCAUUCCAGACAAUGGCUCUUCUUGGUUGUAGGUUUGUAGAGAGAAGAAGCAGAGGUUGUAAACAGUCAUGCUGACUUCCCCCCCUCCCUUUUGUCUUUUCUCUUCCUCUUUACCUUCCCACUGCCUCUCCACUGUAGAACUUCCUCCCUGCUGCAACCUGGGCCUUGAAUUCCUAGGCUGUAAGGUAUGUAGGAGCUGCAGGGUCUGCCAACCACGGGAGGCCAGCCUAGUAACUUCCCUCCACUGUCCCCAGCUCCUUUGACUGCCUGACUUGGGAGAAGGGAGACCAGUAAAGUAGAAGCCCCAAAGCAGCCUCUUCCCUUUCCUGUCUGUGCUCCAGGAUGAGGAGGGAGGGUCAGCUUGGCACUGAAGUUGGGUUUUCCCUGGGAGGAAAGCUGAGCUGAGCAGUCACUGUGAACCCUGGGCCAGGCUCUCCAAGAACUGCCAUCCCUGCACUGGCUGGGCCAGCUACUCAGUGUUGCAGAGCCUCGUCCUCUUUUCCCACCGUUGUCAUUGCUGCUAGUGGUCAGAGUUAAAUGUGUGACCACAUGGGAUGGGCCAGCUCCUCUCAGGCUACUUCCUAGAUGUGAUUUUUUAAGUGUAGAAACAUGCAGGUGCCUUUCCAAGAGGCUUGGACUGGUGUAUCAAGCCAGAAACAGAUAAGCUAAUCAAAGUAUAAACUCAAGAGGAAGGAGGAUACUGGCAGUCUGUGUAAGAGCUGGAAAACUUACAAGUACUGGCCUUUGGGAAAACCCAGUGAAUAAGAACUUGUGAUACCUGCUAUUUGAAAGAAUGUUCUCACCUUGGGUUGAUUGUGGUAAUACAGUGUGUUAUGAAACUCGUGGAGCUGAAGCUUUGACUUGCUUGAGUCGAAUAUGGAUCAUUUGAUAUGGUUCCUGUGUAUUUGAUGACCCCUCUUUCAGUGACUUUCCAUCCUUCCUCCCCCGAGCGUGAAUUUGUAGCAUGAUUGUACAAAUCUCUAUGUAGAGAAAAUGGAGAUUCCUUGUUCUCUGAAGUGUUAAGCGCUAGCCAAUCCAUUUCUGUCCCCUUUAGCCUAGUGUGUCUGAACUUAAUUUCCUGUUAUAUAUUUAAACUUUUCCUCUACAUUAUAGGUUUUGUGGCAUCCCAUGGUCAGGUGGAGAGGAAGCUGCCCCUUGCAGAACUGUACUGUAACCAUUUUUUUUAAAAAAACAUUUUCACAGGAUUGAUUAUACACAGGGCUUGUAAAAAAUUUUUUAACACUGUGCUGUGAAACCAUGAUGGUAAAUCUCCAUUGAAGGCUACUUCAAAGGCACCUGAAAGUGGAGUGUUAUCUAUGAUUUUAUUUCUUGCUUUCUGAAUAUAUUAAACCUAAUUUUCACCCUUUCAUUCUGUUCAGCCUCCUGUAUAAGAAGUACCGUAUUUUCUGCCCAUCAUACUUUGUAAUAAAACUUGAACAUGUAUAGAUUGACUGAA